AUGCCCGUGCUGAGGACGAACCACGAGUCGAUGCUCCAAGAAAAUGCCGAAAAGGCUGCUCAGUUUAAUGCUAGUCGAAGGUCGAAGCAGGUUCAGGACGACGAUGACGAAUCGGACGACGAGGAGGAUGCAAAACUGGAAGCGAGACGCUUACGAGUAGCCAUCGCUGAAGCCACAGAAGCUCGAGAGGAACUACAGCAAAGAAAUAUCAAACUCCAACGUCGCAUUGCAGCCCAUCUACAGAAAACCCAGGAGAGUAGUCCAGCUACUGCAGGAGCAGACGCAGUAGGCUCUGCUGGGAGACGAGAGGAUAAAGCCAAUGCCAGUGAGAACGCCAAGAGGUAUCUCGAGUGUCUACGUAGUGUCCACGAAGCCAAGGUACAGAUGGCGACAGCUCAGUCUCAAUACGACAAGGUGGCUUUGGAGCUACAGGCUCGACUGGACGAGAAGGAAGCCAAGGUGACAGAGAUCCAGGACGCUUUCCUCGAGUUCAAGAGAGAGGUGGCUAGAAACGCUGAGAACUUGAGAACAGGCAAGCCAAUUGCUAAGCGAAUAAUCGCCCAGUUUGAAGCUGCAGAGCUUAGAAAAGACCAAGACGUCGAGAAGGUCCGACUGAAACACAUUAAUCUACGCACGCAUCUUAAGAAACUAGAGCAACAGCUGCACGCCAAAGAACAGCUCGCUGAGGGUCUUCAUCUUAUCGAUUUUGAGCAACUUAAGAUCGAGAACCAGACGCUGAAUGAGAAGAUCGAAGAGCGCAACGAGGAGCUUCAUAAAUUACGGAAGAAAACAACGAGCACAGUGCAGGUGCUGACUCAUAUCAAGGAGAAGCUCCAGUUUGUAUUGGCCGAGAAUCAAAUGCUCAAACGAGAUUCACAGGAGCUGGAGGAGGCUCUGACUGCCAAUCGAGACCAACUCGCACACAAAAAGAAAGAUAGGGACGCCACGCGACAACUGGCUGCUCGACUGAAGAGUAAGGACGGGUUUGCCAAGUCUGAGCUGCUUAUCGAAGACUUUGAUAAACGGGAAACUGACCUCGUGGACCUCGAACGACGUCGCGCUGAGCUCGUUCAAAGACACACUUAUCUUACCAAACAGAUCAAACAAGCUGGUAAGAUAACUAAAUAGCUUACAAUUUAGUGGCUAUUGCAGCUUUUAGUAUUCGGCCCACUACAGCAACUUAAGCUUCAGCA